AUGGCACCGAAGCGGCAACGCCUCUCUGACCCGCACGGACCGACGGCCUCGUCGAGCAGCGCCAGCUCGGCCUCCGUAGCCGGACCAUCCCGACCUCGACUCGAUCCCAACCGCCACCUCGACCCGCUGGCAAGGGCACAGCCUCCCCCGGCAGCAGCGUCGGCGCUCGCUCCGAUGGCCACGCCGCAACACCAGGGCGGCCGGCGCAGGUCCCUCUCCAAGUCGUCGCAGGCCACGCCGGAACAUCCGCACCGGACCGCGCAUUUCCCUACCGCCUCGCGGAGCGCCAUGGGCCCACCGCAACAGCUCGCUCGCUUUCCUGCACCGCCACAGGCCGGCCCCUCCCGUCUCUAUACGCCGGCACCCCAUCCGAACGGCGAUCCUUCUGGCGGUCACCACCUGCACGGCUACCCACGCGAUUCGGCAGGGCCCGACGAUGGCGGCGCCGACGAGGCACCCAUGUGCGUGUUCCAGUGCAAGGGCUGCCUCCGCCUGGUCGGCGAUACGUUCAGCUACGUCCACGUCGACGAGACGCUGAGGUACCUCGUCCUGUCCGCGACGACUGUGGAUGUCCGCGUCAAGGAAGGCCUCCUUCACAUCACGACGCAGACCCCAGACCUCGGAAGCUCGUACCUGGCGCUCGAGUGUGCCGGCUGUCAGACGGACCUGGGCAAGAAGUAUGUGACGACGCCGCGGGAGCUCGACGGGCUGCGCGGCGCCUACAGUCUCAUUGUCGACAACGUCUCGACGUACACUCUCGGCUCCUGCGCUCGGGAUCAGGGCGACGGAGGGACGGCGUCAUCCUUGGCUUAUCCGGCCCACACCAUCAGCGCCGCUGCACCAGCGUCUGCUGUCGGGCCGCCCGCGUCUCCAUUCGGUCAAAGCAUAGACCACAAAUCGCGGAGAUUCCUGCGCGAGAUAGCGGACCGCGUGAUGCGGCUCGAGACCGACCAGCGUGGCAUCAACCUGCUCGUCAAGACCAUCAUCGAAAGGACCGGCGUGCAGCUCUCCGACGACGACGACGACGAGGAUGCGCCCGAAGACGACGACCGGCGGGCAGGGAUCUCCCGGUCCUAG